UCCAGCCAUCCUCGUGAGGCUAUUUUCGUAGUAUCUGAUUUGCCUCCUGGUGACUACUUUUUCGAGGUUGUUGUAUUAUCCAACUCGCUUCCUCAAGAGACCUUCCCACGAUUGGAAGGUUGGUGCUGGGAGCAUUUAAAUUCUACCGAUUCUGACUCUAAAUCUUUGCUUCGGCGGCUUGUGCAAAUUCGCGACCACAACCUGAAUGAGAUGGAGCUUCCUGCACUACUCUUUAAACAGCUUGGCUUUAUGUUGGAGACAUCGGUUAUGAAUGUUAAACACAAUAAUAGCGAUCUCGAGUUAAGCAAUCCUUUUGCUUAUGAUUUUGAUUACCCUACUGCAGAAAUCUGGUUUACAGCUUCGGUUGAUUUCCCAAAGACUCUAGCUCGGCAUUCAGAGGCCACUAGAGCUCCUGUGAAGCAGAAUAGAACAAUAACUUGGAGUUUGACAAAAUAA